AGUUUGGGCAAGGACACAGGGGCCCCAUGAUCCCCUAUUGCCCGGGGGGCCCCAAUAGGGGAUCAUGGGGCCCCUGUGUCCUUGCCCACACUCAAAGCACUCCCAAAAAAGCCUAUAAAAGGUACCAGGGGCAUUUCAUGGGGCCCGCUACUGACCCGGGCCCUCGGGCAGUGCCCGAGUGCUAGAAUGGUCAGUCUGCCCCUGUUCCAUACUUCGUGGAAGCUGCGUAUCACUGUAGUAUGCGUCACUACUACAGUGAU